AUGGACCGCCGUUUCGGUCUCCCGAUCGACGUCGCCAACCGUAUCUGGCCAGACGACUGGGACGACCCGGAAGCGGCGGCAGACGAACCGAAUGACGUGAAUUUGAGCCAGGAUGAUGUCGUUUUGCGUAACGCCCCUGCCCUACCGAAAAACCUGACGUUCAAGGGAUCCACGAAAGAAGAAAGUCGAGCGUUUAUGGCCGCGUACAACCUGUACAUCAGCCAGACGAACGCUUUGACUGCGAAUGGCGUUCGGCCCUUUAUCAUGCCUGUGAGACUUUUUAAGGACUCUGACAACGUAUCUGAGGCUGAGUGGAUCGCAUGGUUCAAUCAAGGCUACGUUGUGGACCCGCGUGCGUUGGAGACGUUGAAGAAACGCAUCAAGACCGCUGUGGUGUUCGACAUGUCCAUCCCGGACGCGGACUCCCGGAUUGGUCGGAUGCUGGACGGUCUGGCUGCUGCUAUCCGCCGGGAUCGCCAGGAAUGGGUGAUCAAGGAAGAGUACGUUGUGGACCCGCAGAAACACAUCAAGACCGCUGUGGUGUUCGACAUGUCCAUCUCGGACGCGGACUCCCGAAUUGGUCGGAUGCUGGACGGUCUGGCCGCUGCUAUUCGCCGGGAUCGCCAGGAAUGGGACGCCAUCAAGCCGGCGUCGCUGAACCGGGCUGUUGCGGAGCAGAUGGUUCUGUCCCGAAACAAGCCCUUGAAGAAAGACGUGCAAAUUUUCCCGGAAGCUCCGAAGGUUUCUCUUCGAGGAGCCAAGCAGCCCCGACGUCGGACGUACCGCCAGGAAGACAAGGCCUCGAGGCUGCUCAAGGCUCGUGGAUGGUCGCCUGGACGAGGCCGGAAUGAGAACCAGAGAGAUCCUGGUACUCCUGGUGGCCGUGUGGCGACGGUGCGAGUGGACACCAAGAAGCAAGAUCGUCCUGGUCUCCAGACUGUGGUGGAUGGAAUCGUGUCGGUUCAAGCAUCCCUCCUUGAUUCGGGAGCUGACCUGUCGGUGGCCUCUGGUGGCCUGGUGUCUGCUCUGCUGGCAGCUGGUGCGUCGCCGGACAUCACUGUCAUGGGUCCUAUGGUGCUCAGGCCGUAUGGUACCGACAGUAAGCCGAUUACUGUGACCAAGCAAGUGCGCCUGGGUAGCCUGGAGUUCAAGACCGCAAGUAGAUCGCUGUUGUUGUGUGGUCUGAGUGUGUGGGCCGAUGAAUCUGACCCGAACGUGGAGCUCACGCUUGGUCUACCCGUCAUGAAAACACUUGGAUACGACGAGCAGACUCUCCUCGAGACCGCUCGGAAGCAGCAGGCUGUGUGGGAUUUUGCAGACCAGCCUGUGACAACUCCUGGGGUGGCAAUGCAUCGAGCACUCCAUCUGGUAGAGCUCUCUGAUGAGUUCGACGAUGAUGAAGGCAUGUGUUGCGCGACUCCGGAGGUGGAAGAGUCGCCUGGAUCGGAUGACGGUGAACAUGUACAUGCCGUUCUGAUGUCCAAGGUGGACGACGCGGUGGCUCAAGGCAUGGAUGAGACCGCCGUGGAUGCGCUCCGAAACCUCUUGGUUGAGUUCCAAGAUGUGUUUCGGUUGAAGUUUGGUCGAGACCCGCCGCUGAAGGUGCACCUGAAGCCUGGUGCGGUUCCCGUGAAGUCUGGACUCCGCCGGCACCCUCCUACGCACCUGGCGUUCCUUGAGAAGCCUGUGCGGGAGUUGGAAGCGGCUGGUCUCGUGUAUCGGACCACACGGCCCCGAUGGGCUGCAGCGCCCAGGUUCGUGCCGAAGAAAGUUCCUGGAGACCUCCGGAUGACGAUCGACUCUCGACCCAUCAACGCGUGUACCGAGCCGAUGCCUUGGCUCAUGCCUAAACUGGAAACGGCGAUGGGUGUGCUGAAGGACUCCAGAGUGUACUUCACGCUGGGAUGA